CUUGUGAGACCGCGUUCAAGACAUUCAAGGCCCCGUCUGCCUCAUCUCGCCAGCUGCCAUGCCUUUCACCCACCGACUGCUUCACUUCUAGAGAGGGACAGCUUUGACUUCCAACUUUCUGGAGUCCUGUUUGACCAACGACCUCCGACCCUUUAUCUUCUCCUCACUUCUACCCGUAGCGCACGACUUCAUCCCGAGAGCAGCCUGAUCCAACCGAUUCCCCUCUAUCUUCCUAAUUGCCUGCGGUCUGAACCCCAUUUGCACCUCAUCUCAACUUCUGGGCCAUACCUUUCAAGAAAACCACAGUCUCACCGACCUGAAGACCAUUCCCCUCCUACUUCGUCUCAGCCAGACUCAUAUAAGGAGUUAGGCGAUCGACUAGCUCUCUGAGUGAACCAUGGCUGACCACAUUCCUUCUCAAUAUUUGACCGUCACCCUCGAAGAACUCGAUUCCCACGAACCUAUCCCCAAGCGAGUCGUCACCCUCGAAGCCCCAGACUGGGAGUUCAGAAUUGGCCGUGGCACUGGGGGUCGUAUUGAGGAAUUGACGCCUGCUGAAGACAAUGCAUGGUUUGACUCUAGAGUCCUAUCCAGACGUCAUGCCAUAUUACGGGCGAAUCCGGCGAUCAAGUUACUCUACAUCCAAGAUAUUGGCUCAAUGCAUGGCACUUUCUACGAUGGCAGAAGACUGAGUACGAAUGAGAGGUGGCCCCUUUGGCCUGAAGACACCGUGACAUUGGGCUCUGAUGUGAUUAGAGGAAGCUCCCACUUCAGUGCUCUGAGGCUAAAGGUCACUUGGGACUGGUGCGACGGAACUUUUCACAAACCGGACGCCAAUCAGGCGAACGCAAGAGUGUAUCGCAAUACCUUCUCAGCCGACUACAGUGACGAGGAAGCAUAUGGCGAUCCUUCUGCCCGCGUCUCGAGCGACCCUGAGGAAGACGAAUACGAGCCCUACGAGAAGAGUAAUGAUUACCAUUCGGAGCCUGAGGACGAAGUUCAGGCUAUACAAGAUUCCGUCCGUGAACCCAGCAUGGAAAUAAUCAUUCCUGAGGUGCGAACCUUCAGUGUUCCUGAAUCUGACGACGCAUCGAAUACUCCAAGUCAUGAUUCUGGCGCAGAUGUCUCGGAUGAAGACAGCCCAGUUUCCAGCCCGUUGAUUCCAAACGAUGGACAUGAAGACAAAGGUGACGCUCCUGAAGAGCUGUCUCACCUAUUCCUGGAUACUGGCGUCCAUGCUAUCCGUCCUGAUCACACAGACCCUUCUCAAAUCCUUGUUCCCAGCUCGGCCCAGCAAGCAGAGGUUCUUCCAGCCAUGGAUGAGAACGUCGCUGAAGAAGAUUCGUACGGAGAUGAUGAGCUUGAGAACGAACACUCGGACUCCAUCAACUCGCUGCGUAUCCCUCCUGUCAAGAUUGAUGAUCCUGAACAAUACCUGGCUGCCCGCACGAGUCCUUCGAGCGUGACGGAUCAUCCGGGACAUGCUCGAGCCCCAAGCCCAUCCGACGCGGCAAUGGUUAAGCCAUCGACCGAACACGGACUUCGCGCCACAUUGGCCGCUCCUCCGUUUUCGACAUUCGACUCUUCUGAGCAACAGCCUUUGUUUGACGACACAACCUCCGCACCAGGUCGCUCGACUUCUGCAUGGGCUGGUCAUAACUCAGUAUUGUACGAACCAGUCGCACAGCAGCUUGUACCGGAACAGUCUUCAACAGUCUACUACCCUUAUGCCCGUUAUACAUCGCUCUAUACCGAUCCAUUCGCAUUCAAACCCUUCGCGGCGCCACCGCCUUCACCACUCUCGGUUGCUAGUGUUAUCCCGCAACAGCAAGAGGUUAAGGAUGUCGACGGGGGAAAGAAACGCAAGGCUGAUCAGAUCUCUUCAGAUGAGCAUCUGGAUCCAGAUACAGUGUCUUCCGACUCCUAUUCGCCCAAAGUCGGAGACACACUCACCGCAAGUGCCACAGCCGGGGUCGGCGGUACCAGCAACGUUCUUGGAGAUACGUUUCUCAAUUCAUCAACUUCGGCUUUGGAGGUUGCUGAGAUUGCUCCAGCCAAUGGUAUCGAUAUGCCGGUACGGAAGAAGGCCAAAAAGAGCAAAGUCAAGGCUCCUGAGCUGCAUGGCACUGGCAAUAACAGUUUUGUCAAGACGGCUGGAGCAACCAUUGCGGGCAUGGCCAUCGGUGCUGUCGGCAUGUUCAUUGGGCUUCUGGCACUACCGGAAGACUACUUCAUGUGAACGACUUUACAACAAUUGCCAACGGAGUUGACGGGAUGAUCAUGGACUGCGAGGGAUUGGCUAUGGCUUCUAAUGGUUCGCAGGUUACAGGGUAACUUCUAUCAGUCAGAUGCAUGGAACUGGUAUGGGUGAGAUGAGGGUAUCAAGUUAUUGAAGUUGAUCUUUACGGUCCAAGGGAUUUCGGUGACGAGAGCAAGGAUGAGAGAAACGACGUGCUGUAAUGUGUACCGGGCAGGAGGUUUGAUGCCAUCCGGCGAGAAGUCAUACACUGUCCAGAAUCGAGCUUCUUACCACAAGCCGCGGACGCUGAAGUUGAAGCUGAAAUUGCGGAAAUGGUUGUGGGAUUGUUCAAGGCUGAUCAAUGGCAUGGAAGCUCCUGGACACAGGCAUCGCAUCAAGUCAACUUACAGUAGUUGUUCUAGUUCCCCCAAUAUCUUGAAGCCUUUCAUAUCCAGGAACAUUGCGUUUGGGGGUUUUCGAUACGAUUCAUGUUCACAGCAAGAGAGUCGAAUGACAAGGAAACGGCUUCAGUAUGUCUCUCAGAGAGAGUGAUGAUUCGGUAUUGAACCCG